GACUAUGCGGAAAAAUUGUGUAACAUUUAUGACACUUGACAUUGGAGAUUCUUUCUUUUUUUCUCACAUGUUUAUGUAUUUUGUGUUGUGAUUUAUGUAGUUGAUCAAAAUAAAAGAAAUUUAAAUAAGAAAUAAAAAUGAAAAAGUGUUCAAUUCUAGGAUGCAUUUCGCAUCAAUUGAACAGAUAUAUGUCUUUGUUUUUCCUGGUUCGUAAAGGCGUAGUCAGAGAAGAAUGGAGACUUGCUAUUGAAUCUCUAAAUGGUCAGGUGAUAGAUUCAAGUCGACCGCUACAGAAAUUUUUCAUCUGCGAUCUUCACUUCGAUAAAAAAUUUAUUAAAACGCUUGGGACUAACAAACGUCUCACAGAGGAUGCUGUUCCAACUCUUUUCCCUAACAUGCAUAACAUGAUGGAACAAAUAAAAGAAGAAGUUCAAGACGAUCAGGUAGAUAACUUUGAAGAAGCUUGUUGCAGGAUGGAACAAAUAUAAUAUAAUUCAGUUUUCAUUACAAAUUCUACAUAAUUUUUUACUUUUAGGAUUGAACCACCAAUCGAUGAAGUUCAAGAUCAUCCAACUGAUGACUUGGCAGAAGCACCCAUCAAAAACGAACAAACUGGAAAUAACUUCGAUGAAAGGUACUUUUUAUAUCAGGAAACUCUUCAUUUGAUUUUGUUUGUAUUUAUUUAUUUAUAAAAAAUAAUUUUCAAAAUAAAUUUGUAAAUUAUUUAAAAAGAAGGCAAGACCAUUGGAUGCCGUU